GAGAUGCGCCAGCCAACUGGGACCGUAAAAGGCUGGAGCGGACGGGGUAGGUGUGGCUCUGCCUGCGUGACCUGAGCCCCUGUCCGGUCGCCGUCGUCUCCCGCAGCUGCGGCCUCUCAGCCAUGGGUGCCGUCUGGUCCGCCCUGCUGGUUGGUGGGGGUCUGGCCGGAGCGCUUUUCGUCUGGCUGCUGCGGAACACGGGAAAGGAGGGGGACGCGGAGAAGGAGAAGGAUGUCUCUCCUGGGGAAGCUGCGGCUGCGGGAGGCGAUGAAGGUGCCCGCGGGGGACUGAGCCCUGGACCUUCCACGCAGGAGCUGGUCACCAAACCAGAAUAUCUUCAAGAAAGCAAUGGAUGUUUGGUUUCAGAGCCCAGCAGUCCUGGUAAUGCGCAUGAAGCAGCAUGGAGACUACAGAGUCCUUCUGGAGAAGGUGGUGACUGUGACAGUUCAAGAGAGCAUGUUCCUUCUGGGUGGUUUCCAGACAAAGAAUCUCUAGCUACAUCUGCAACUGGAAACUCUAAGAGUUACUCUGAAGUUUCAAGAAAUGAAAGCUGUGAAUCUCAUAUAAGAUUCCAUAAAAGACAAGACACACCUGCUAAAGCAGCUCCAUAUUUUGUAGGGAAGUUGCCUUCUAGCAACCUGCUCAUAGACAGAGUUAAAGAAGAAGUGAGCCGUGCACAGUUGGACAGUCAGGACAUGGCUGACCAGGAGGACUGGGAAAUGGUGUCCAGGCACUCAUCUUGGGGAGAUAUUGGUUUGAGUGGCAGUCCUGAGUCUCCAACAUUAAGCCCAAACCAGGGACUGGACUAUGGCAGAAGCACUCUUGUGGAAGCAAGAAGUCAGGAAGUGGAUGUUAAAACAAAAAGGGUAGUAGCUAUGUCUUCAGAGUCUCAGCAAGUUAGUGUCAGGUUCCAGGUCCAUUAUAUCACAAGCACUGGUGUGCAAUUCAUUGCAGUAACUGGAGACCAUGAGAGGCUUGGGAGAUGGAAGAGUUACAUCCCCCUUCAGUAUAGCAAGGAUGGGUUCUGGUCUCGUUCUGUGUACCUGCCAGCAGAUACAAUGGUGGAAUGGAAAUUUGUGGUGGUAGAGAAUGGGAAAGUUACUCGCUGGGAAGAAUGCAGCAAUAGGUUAUUAGAGACCGGCUAUGAGGAUAAAGUGGUUCACAAGUCCUGGGGGAUUCACUGAUUCAGUUUGCAAAGUAUUGAAGAGGCCAUUGCAGAAUGCGGAAGAGGCUAAGGUAAUGGAGCACAGUGAAUAAUUUAAAAUAAAGCAUGUAUAACUCCAAAUUUAGCCAUCAGAGUUUUUUCAAAUUUGCUAGUGGCUUGUGUCUAAUGCGCAGAAAUAUAUAUACAUAGAUAAUGCUUCCAGUGAGCAUGGGCUGUUUUUCCUGUGGCACUGAUGGAUAGAUUUAGGCUGAUCUAUCAUUAUUUUAGGGUUUAGUCCUCUUGGGGAGUGACUUGGUUAAGCUUCAGGUGUGGCCUGGUCAGGGAUCAUAAAAAAUAACUAGCUACACAGGGUUCAAGUUUGAGCCUUUGGGUGAUCUUAAAUCAAGGAAGUAAGACAAGCUACAUUCAAAAAGCUGUUUUCCUAUUGGUACAGCUGGAGAAACGCUCUUUACUACAUGGACACUUUACGUUUAAAAACAGAUAACACCAUAUGAACUGUGAUAUCUGUUUACUAGAUGUGAUUAGCGAGGAUAUGAGGUAAUUCAUUAAGACUUCCCAAUAUUUUUGGCUUGAUUUUACCUGCCUGGUAUGGUUUGAAGGUAGCAAGUAUGUCUUUGUCUUGUGAUCAAAGGCUGGUAUAGAAACAAGGGGCCUCAACAGAGUCCACCACUGGGAGCAGCCUACGAGGAAAGGGAACAGGAAUGGGGCUUAGCCAGGAGGCCUGAAUGAAAGCUCUAGAGGGCUGAGAGGAACAGGUACAUACACCUGACUGCAGGGAGCAACACACCCAUCAUUUAUUCCUGGGGCCUUUGUAGGACCAUCUCUGCCCACCACACGGACCCCGACAGAUGAGCUGUCCCAUAGCAACUGUUUCACCCUCUUUUCUCUCCUUUCAUAGCAGUAGCUAUCUUGGGUAAUCAAAUUAUAACAGGACAGUGGUAGAGAAGUGAAUCUUUGCUCUGAAAAGAAACACUUGAACUUUGCUAUUAUAACUAAAAAAAUAAAGCCUGGGUUUUAAUAUCUUUA